CUGCCCUCCUAUGUCCUCUCUUCUCUCUCAUUUCCUUUCUGGGUGAGGCCUUCCAAACCCCACCUCAUCCCACCUCAUCCUCGUCAUCCUCUCCCGCAUCUAUAAAAGAUGUCACAACGAGCCAAACGCAACUUCACCCUGACUUCCCUCGAACCCGAACCGGUCUCACAUGGGAAGAAGCCGAAAUUAGCCAUGGUCACCGAAGAAACGACGGCAGCCACUGGCGCUGCAGCCAACUCGUCGAUUCUCGACGAGCCCGUUAUCUAUCGUGACCUGAAAGCGUGGAUCGAGGAGCAGGAACGGAACCCCAAACCACUCUCGCCACUCCAGCAGAAAGCCAUUUCCAUUCUCUUAGGGCCACAGGAGCCGGAUAUUGGCAGUCGUGAUUGGGUCAGCCUGCUGAAUCUCUUCAACCAAGCCCACGGUUCUGGAUCCUCCUUCACGGACCGGCCCGCCCCCGGCCAGAAAUGGCUCUGUCAGUGCGUCUUCAGACUCAACCCUUACAGUGCGCCAAUGACGUUCCCGGGCCCCGAGGCCGGUUUCGUCCCCGACGAGAAGGGCACCCCGGCGGCCCCUAGCUUCGGCCGCAAGAAGGACGCGAAGCAGUACGCUGCCAAGUGCUGCGUCGAGUGGCUCAUGAAGGCCGGCUACAUGCCCUCGGACGGCGUCAGCGUCGAGUCCCCCAAGAACAAGGUUCGUCCUGCUGCUGCUGCUGCUGCUGUUGCUGUUGCUGCUGCUGCCGCAACCCGGCAGGCGUCCCCCACCAAAGCCGGCACGGCGGCCCAGGCCAAGCCCACCGCCGGCAACGACGGCGAAGACGACGACGAACCGCCGGUAACCAAACGCGUCGAAGAGCUCUGCCGCACUCUGGGGCUGAUCGUGCCCCAGUACAAGAUCACACCCUCCGCCAUUGCCACCACCACCACCCCGGCCGCGGCGGCGGACGUGGAUCCCUCCCAGACAGUAGGGCAGCAGCAGCAGAAGCAGCAGCAGAAUCCUCAGCACGGCUUCUUCGAUGGGUACGCCGACUUUGGCCCGGACAGCGGCAUCAAGGUGCCCGAGGGGCUUGGCAGGGUGACGAACGUGUACGGGCGCAAGGGCGCGCGCAACCGGGUGGCCGAGGAGGUGCUGGCUUGGCUGAGGGCCGAGCAGGGGAGGCGGGAGGUCGAGGUGGAGGAGAUGCUAAGCUGCGCAACUUAAUGGGGCGUGAGACUCCCUCGUUCGAGUUCGGGGAUUUUUUUUUUUUGGGGGGGGGGG